AAAGCUUGAAUCGUCAUUCGGAGCCCACCCACCUACAGAUCACCCAGGUCAGUAGCAGAUUAAGAGAUUUGAAUGCUCUCUACUGUAACCUGGUGGAGCAGGCACACAUGCAGGCAUUGAAGCAUCAGGACACAAUUGAAAAACACAGUCUGUCUGUGGCUUUUUAAAUCCUUCACAAAAAGACCCGUGGCUUCAGCUGCUGACAGCACAUGUCACUUUCUAACAUGCAUUGAGACAAACAGAGGGUCUGGUCAAUAGGAAGAAAGGGAGGAUGAAUGAGUGACAAAAUAAUGUUAGAGCACGGAGGCCCAGCUCAUGACUGAACGUAUGGCUUUUUUUGAAGGGUGCUCUCUGAACAGAAAUUAUCAGUAGGGUAUACAUUGCAUCAUUGUUGGAAAGACAGAAAAUGAGUACUCCAAGCUUAAACUGCAACAGACAUGUAGGACACUGCACUGAGAUAUCCAUGGUGUGUCUAACAGACUUUGAAUUAUAUGCUAAGGAACAUCUACCAAAAGCAACUUGGGACUACUACGCAGCCGGAGCAGAUGAGUGCUGCACAAGGGACGACAACCUUCUUGCAUAUAAAAGAAUUCGCCUGCGACCCAGAAUGCUGAGGGAUGUCUCAAUCAGUGAUACGAGAACGACGGUUCAGGGCACAGAAAUAAGCUUCCCGGUGGGUAUUGCUCCUACUGCAUUCCAUUGCUUGGCCUGGCCAGAUGGAGAAAUGAGCACAGCAAGAGCAACAGAAGCCAUGAACACCUGCUACAUCACUAGCACUUAUUCUACCUGCUCAGUGGAGGAGAUUGUCACUGCCGCUCCUACUGGCUACCGCUGGUUUCAACUUUACGUCUACCGAAAUCGCAAAGUCUCAGAGCAGAUUGUCCACCGGGUUGAAGCACUCGGCUAUAAGGCUUUGGUUCUUACUGUGGAUGUUCCUUACACUGGAAAAAGAAGAAAUGAUAUUCGGAAUCAAUUCAGACUGCCACCACACCUCAAAGUAAAAAAUUUUGAUGGAGUGUUUGAGGAAAACAAUGGUCCUGAAGAAUAUGGAGUUCCAGCAAACACUCUGGACCCAUCUAUCAGCUGGAAAGAUGUCUACUGGCUACAGUCCUUGACCCGUCUGCCCAUUAUCAUUAAGGGAAUUUUGACCAAAGAGGAUGCAGAGUUAGCUGUGGAGCAUGGUGUUCAGGGCAUCAUUGUAUCUAAUCAUGGAGGAAGACAGUUAGAUGGCGGACCUGCCACGAUAGAUGCCCUUUCAGAAAUAGUAGAUACCGUUCAAGGCAGAAUUGAAGUGUAUUUAGAUGGAGGAAUUCGUACUGGAAGUGAUGUUUUGAAGGCACUGGCACUCGGAGCCAAGUGUGUUUUUAUUGGAAGGCCUGUAGUUUGGGGACUCGCGUAUAAAGGAGAAGAUGGAGUCAGAGAGAUUUUACAAAUUCUCAAUGAUGAAUUUCGCUUGUCAAUGGCACUUGCAGGCUGCAGAAAUGUUUCAGAGAUCAACAGGAACUUGAUCCAGUUCUCCAGGCUAUAAGAGAAUUUACAGACUUUUCAAUUAAAUUUGAAAAACUGCAACACAUGAGGAACAAAAUGUGUAAUGUAGUUUUAAUAAGUCUACUUAAUAAUUUAUUUAAUUUUGGGCAGAAACAUUGCCUGGUAAAAAAGGGAUUUAGUACCACCAGUUGAUGUGUACUAUGGAUCGUAUCUGCUGAUUCAUAAAUAGAGAGGCAGAGCUAACAGGCUUGCCGUAUUAAAAUGAAUUUCAGCUUAUCUUCUGGUGAGUGCCUCGUAGUAUUUGAAUUGAAAGAAAAGUUAAAGAAAAUAAAGGGGAUAGUCUUUUUUAUUAUAAGGUACAGAUAUUGAAGCAUAUUAUACUUAAAUUUAGUAAAAACAAACAUUUUACAUGUUUGAUUGAAAUAAUCAUUUUCCUUACAUUUACAUAGGAAAAACCAAGUGCAAAUUGUAUUCAAAAAUAAAUUAAAAGUGUAGAAUGACACUGCCAUUCAAAUGUUUCCAGCAUAGUAUACAUCAUUGCCAAAAAAACGUAACAAAUACAAAUGUUAAUGCAAAAUAAAAAAUGCCUUUGUAAUUC